ACGACCCUGCUGAUUAUGUGCACAGUGUGCUGCUCGGAGCGUGGGUGCUGGGGUGUUUUCUACUGCUAUAGUUGGAUGAACACUUGAGGAAACAGUGCAUCUGUCCUCUGCGAUCCUGCGCGCUGAAGUUGGACACUCUGGGAAUUUUCUUGCGUCCGUUCGAAAAAACUUGGUCGUCCAAUCCGUGUGCAGCUCCUGCACACUGGCUCCUCCUUCCCCUCUCCCUCUGCCUGCUCCCACAUGUAACGCUAUCGCUGCCUGUCUGUUGCAUUGUCUCAUUGGGGACGCAGCACACGGAGUCCAGCGCUGCGGACAACUCCGGCGGACCUGCGAGCUUUAAAGUGACAGGGGAAGGAAAAAAUGGAUAAUGUCGACCGGAAAUGAAAACCUGGGAUAGUAUGAGUCAUGGCUCGUUGAGGUGUUUUCAGUCUGCCGGUGGAUUCAUUAAUUCCAGCCCUGUGUCAGUCAGUCAGCGGGGCUGCCUGAAGCCGCGAGGCUGCACUGCACGUUAGAAUGAGCCGCUAUCAUUGAUGUUGCGUUAAACCAAGCAGCUGCUAUGUUGAAAUCCCUCAUUCGGACCUGUGUCGCUCUACCUGGUGCUGGACCCUAGCCCGUUCCUUCCCUUAUCCCGGUGUGUGGUAACUGAGCGGUGGUCAGCGGUGCGCCCUGAGGAGGAUGGCCGCCCGCCGCGGAUGCGUGAACUCGCUCUGGUCGGGCACCGAGCGCGUCCGCAUCGGAGAGCGCCUCAAAGCGACGCUGGCCGGGGUGAUGGAGCUGGAGGUGCUCAGGUGCAAACACCUGGAGAUGGUGGACGCCGCUCUGGAGGAUCGACCGCCCGUUGCCGCCAACGCUGAGGAUCCACGGGCGGCGGAGGAGGAGGAGGAGGGGAGAGAGACCUCGGAAAGCGGCGCAAUGGAUGCCGAGCAUGGCUCUGCGACAUCCCGCCGGCAACAGGAUCCUUCUCCCUCUGACACCGCCUGUCAGAGCAGCCCAGAGGAAUGCGGGGGUAAUUCGGGGGACGGGGCAGCUCACCUCUCAUCGGGCAGAGGGAGUAGCUCACGUUGGUCCACUCUUUCCUGGGACGCCCCCUCUGACUUGCUUUCUCCCCCAACCCCGGACCUUAAUGGUAUGAUCCCCCUGGACAGCGACUCCAGACCUAGUUCAGGUUUCUAUUCAGUGAGCGGCAGCUCCCUGUCAGACUCUUGCUACUCUGUGUCCAGCGACGCAGCCCAUGGAGGACCGGUGGCCCCUGCCAGGCCCCUGAAGCUGUGGGAGCAGGUUCCUGUGUGUGCUGACAACACUGACCUCCUGUGGCCAGAAGGUGCAGUGCAGCUGCAGCAACCUGUACUCCAGGACAGCCAGGAGGACGCUGAACCAACAGAAGAGACGCCAGUUUCUGUCCCAAAUGACCUUGAAACAACUGGUCUGACCUUUCUGUCUGAACUUUGUUCAGGACUUGGCGAUUCCCUGAUUUCUUUCAUCCUCCCGCUCCUCAACCCUUCAUCCUCCUCCUCCAACUCCUCCUCCCAAAAUUCAAAACUCCAGCUUGACUCCCGCUACUGCACAGACCUGAUGUCCCGUCGGACCAAAGAGGUUUACUCAUACCCAAGCCCACUGCAUGCUGUUGCCCUCCAAAGCCCCCUCUUCACCACCCAGAAUCAAGAACAGUCAGCCUCUGUGAGCCCUGAGGGACUCCAGCAUGAUGAACCCACAGAGUCAAACGCUGACACAGCUCUGCCUCUCCAGCCUCAGCAGCCUCCCACUCCGCCCUCCUUCACCCAUUUGGAGCAGUACAUCUCUCGUCUGGCUCGCCAGUACCACAGUCGGGCAAAAUCCACCUCUGAUCUCACCUCACCUGCCACCCCUGGGCCAGUCACACACAGAGGCCUUUGCACCCCUGGCAAAGCUCACGGAUCCACCCAGUCUCUUUCUGCCUUCGAGAGCCGCAGCACACCCUCUACCCAGCCAGGCGUCAACAUCACACCCUCUAAGUCACUGCUAGGGAACUCAGCCAGAGUCAGCCUUAGCACCACUGGAAAAAAGGGCACCAGGAAUUCAAUCAACCUGGGAAAUCUUCCUUCAGCCACCGGAGAAGACUUAAACAUAAAUCUGCAUCUAAACCUCAACUUGAACCUGACUCCCGGUUUAAAUUCUGGCCAUGGGCUGGUGGACAAUCCCAGAAACGGAGCUCUGAGGAGAGACUUUGCUGCCAAUUCCACCGCUUCUGCCUCAUCACAUUCUUCUGCUACACCCACCCCAGCAAUGAGACCUCGUCCUCGCAUUUCAACUUGUCCAAGCAGCCUGAGCCACCGCAGCUCCCUUGAGGUCCCACUGGGGUCUGGAGCCAGCUCUGGGUUUGGCUCAUCAGCUUUCUGUCGCUCAUUAGACUGGAGCAGUGGUGCUCCACCUGAGGCUGGACAGCCAGUGUUUGGCGCAAACGCAGGAUCAGCUCCUGGAUCUCAGCGCAGCAGCUUGAUCCAGGAGUCCAACUCCAGUCCAAAGUUAAGUGAAGACUCGCCCAUGGUGGAGGAGAUCUCCCGCCUCUCUGGCCUGUCUCGAGCUGUUGUAGUCGGACUCAUGGAACAAGGCGUGGAGCUAGAUAUUGACUGCUUCCCAACAGAUACUGCAGGUGAGAUGAGAGGCCACACUAAAACUCACCUGACAGCCCAAACAGAUCAGUCACAUGACUAUACUAGACUGACAGACUUGAAUCCCCAGAGACCAAUACAGCUGUCUCUCAGUGUCACUCAUUCUCCACAGUCUCAGUCCAGCCUCACCCCUCCUCUCUCACACUCCAGCAGCCCCAUACACCCCUACCAAUCCAUGCACAUUCCCUCCUCCCACUACUCCUCACACUCCCACUACCAACAGACACCUGACCUUCCUUCCUCCACAGCCUCCUCACCUGCCUCCCGCCCUACCCCAAGAGGUCGCUCACCUCCACGCCCUCUCCAACCAUCCCCCCUUGGUGCGACUCCCCUCUCUGUUUUCCGACGAGAUGCACCAUUCCAGUGCUCCCUGCCCCGCACCAAUACCAGGACCUCUCCUUUUGAGCAUGGCGGGAUCCAACCAAGAGGAGGAUCACUUCGGCAGAGCAGUGGAGGAGGCGAAGGCAACAGCAGGCGGAAGAGGGCGGAGGGCAACGGGCUCUACAGAGGAAAGCAUGCUUCCCAUAAGCUGAUCAGGGCAGCAACAGUUAGCAGUUAUGCAAAGAGAGAUGACUACAGCUCAGUUUGGCGUGAGGAGGAGGAGAAGUCGCGAGCAGCCGCUCACACAUCCAAAAAGUCCUCUAGCAAACUUUGGAAGGGCUUUGAGGGACGCCUCUGGAGCAAAGAGUCUGAAAGUGAAAGAGAGGAGAUAGACAGGGCAGAGUAUGGCUAUGGCUGGAGAAGGAACAGCGUGGGAAGCUGGAGAAGAGAGCACAGAAGGGUUAAAGCUUCUAGCAGCGGUGACAAAAGGCCUAAAGUAGACAACUCUCCUGUCUUCUCAAAGAAGAGAGGUAAAGAUGACGGGGAGAGACGCAGCUCAAGCCUCAAGCUUUCCAGGCGGGCUCUGUUCAGGAGUGAAUCCCAGGGCUUGCUGGUACCUCGGAACCACAGCGAAGAGCCCACAAAGCGGCCACACUGGGUCUCCUCCUUGGACGUGGGGCACGGUGGCAUGGGAAUCAGAAAAGACGAAGGGGUCAGACUACUAAGAGCGAAGGAGGAGGACAAACGCCUGUCUUCCACCGCCAGCCUCUUUAACCUCUCUCGUUCUCAGAGCCUAGAAGGCAGCUGCCAUUCACUCUCUCCUCUCUCCUCCCCUUCAUUUUCUCCUUCUCCACCUCCACGGCUGCCCCUUCAGCGCUCCCGAUCACUGAGGGAUUUGGGAAGGAAAGUGUUUGGCUCAAUGAGGUCGCUUAGUCUCAAACAGAAAUCAUCCAAGAAGUAACUGCUGUACAAAAAAGUGAACUUCAUCGUUUGCGUUGUACAUUCAAAAAUACCAGUGACGAUUAGUAUUAUAUUUGAUGUUUAAAAUAAAGUGCCAUCAUUUUGGAUUUUUAUGACUGAUCUGAUACACUGGCUCUCUAAUACUGGCUAUGAGAUAUCCACUGGUCCUUUCACUCAUCUCCAGUGUGUUGAAGUUCCUCUCAGGCACAUCAGGUCUGUGAAGUUUUAGUCUUGGGUCACUUCACUCAUUCUAGUAAUGUUUCUUUUCUAAAACUAGGCAUAUACAUUUUUAUAACCUUCUCAAAAAGUAUAAAAUAAAUGCGAACCUUCCCCAAACACAAUAUUUAGUAUAUAUGGAGCACUUUAAAGCUCAGAAGUUUUUGUAUUAGAAAACCAUGUAAUGUAAAUUGUGCACACCGCAGCAGCAACAUGGCCCACAGAGAAUUGUAAUACUGCUUGUCCAUUGAUGUGGUACCGGUCUGCAGCUAGUUCUGCUUUGGUACCUUUUGAGUAGCAGUCUACAGGUUUAUGCAUUUGAAGUAACUUCCACAGGAAAGAGACCAUGACUGACAUAACUUAUGUGAAUUUCUCUGAUAGCCACUAAAUAAUUUCAACUUUGACUCCAACAACUUUAUGCUACUGUGCACUGCUAGCUAUUGGCACCAGGAAUACUCUAUGUGUGGCAGUCCUAAAUUAGGCACCACAUCAGUGGAAAGGAGGCAUCAGUGAAGGGAACACGAGUGACCUGUUAUUUAGGGGUGAAUGAUUCUUUUUAGGAUCUGUAAAGGACUGCAACCCUCAUAAACCCUAAUUUUUAUCAGUGUGAAUGCCAUCCUGAAGAGGAACACUUCUGGGAUCCUAUUGUGACAGGAAAGUAGCCAUUUGAAAAUACUGUAGUAAUAACAGCUGUAAGAAGCUUCAGUGCAUAAUCAUGCGUAUGAAUGUGUACGUGCACACUCCCCUUCUGCAUGCUGCUCUGUGACUUGUUCAGUGAUUAUAGCUAUUGUGAGAGUGUGAUAUUCCUCUUUGAUCAUGGGCAGUAUUGCCACUGAAGUACAAUCACAUUGGCCAGAUUAUGACCAAAAUUAAGCAAAUACUCUUUAACUUGAUAUUUUGCUCAGGAUUUUGAAAUGAACAUUGAAUUAAAGUAUUGAUGAGUUA